UUUUAGAUCUCAACAAAAAUAAUACCAAUCAUAUAUGGAUGUUGUACGUAGUCUACUACGAGCCAUCACACCAUUACCUGAUGGUGACACUGUUGAUCGUAUUAAUUAUUGCUUUACUACCACUAUUUUAGUCAUACUAUCAGCAUUCAUUAGCGGAUGGAGUUUUGUUGGCUCACCAAUACAAUGCUGGUUUCCAGCUUAUUAUCGAGGUUGGUGGAUUGAAUAUGCAUUAGAUUAUUGUUUUAUACAGAACACAUAUUUUAUACCCUUUACUGAUGCUGUUCCGGAAAAUUAUUGGGAUAUUGCGGAACAUGUAAUUCCAGUACCAAAAAAUAUCACCCAACGUCAGGAUCGUCUAAUUGGCUAUUACCAAUGGGUACCAUUUAUUCUCGCCUUUCAAGCUGUAUUAUUCUAUUUACCGGUUGUUAUGUGGCGUACAUUAUAUUCUACCAUAGGUAUAAAAGUAGGCGUAAUUUGUGAUACAUGUAAUAUUCGAUCAAAUAUGAUUGUAAGAGAUCGAUUAAAAAAUUUGGAAAAAAUUGCAUCAUUUUUAACAUAUGAACGUGAUAUACAUUCAACAUUUGUUGGUAAAAUGCAUCGUCAUUUAUCAUCUGGUCGUUUUCUUAUCAGUGCAUAUUUGUUCAUGAAAUUACUGUAUGCUUUAAAUGCACUAUUGCAAUUUUGGAUUAUCAAGAAACUUUUGGGUGUGGAAAGUAUUUGGUGGGGUGCACAGGUAUUUGAUGACCUAAUUCAUGGCUUAGAAUGGCCACAAACAGGCAAUUUCCCACGUGUUACAUUAUGUGAUUUCGCGGUAUUUUUUUUUUUUAA